UUUCGGUAGAUCAGUGCUUCCGUAGCAUCUUGAGUUAAAGUGAAAUAUUACUUACUGCAUUAUAUCUUGUUUAAGUGAGUCAUUAAAGGAUACUUGAAGAGCAGCGGAUCAAGAAAUAUGACCUUGUAUGGUCGAAUUUUGAAUGUCGACAUAGACCUCAGUAAUAGUCAUGCUACUUCGGUGUCUGCAUUUCUACUGUUUUACAUGAUUGACUAUGCCCUUCAAACAUGUCAAUCGAGCAAUAAAACUACGAGAAACACUUACUUGUUCAUAAGACUAAGAAAUUACUCCAUCUCCAUAAUCCACGCUUUUAUAUCCGGACUAAGUUCGCUUAUUUGCCUUAUUUCUUAUCCUGACCUAGUCGGUAAUAUCAUAGAUUCAGAGAACGUUUUCGCUUAUCAUAUUAUGGGUUUCGCGACAGGUUACUUUGUCCACGACAUUUAUCAUAAUAUAUGUGGCGGUGUUGGACUAAGAUCGUUGGAGAUAAUAUUGCAUCACAUUACAGUAGCCUUUUUACCCUUAAGUUUUCAUCAGCUUUUUAACAUAGGUUUUAACCUGCUUUUACGUUGUAUCUUGGUAUAGGAUUCUUGUUUGUUACGCAUUGUUUGGGCUUUUGAUGGAACUAAACAGCAUAUUUCUUCACGCAAGAAAGUUAAUGAUAUUACUUAACAUCGACCCUGAAUCAGUAGCAUACCGCCUUAAUGCUAUUGCAAAUAUCGGUAAGUCAUUGCGUUUCCUUUCAUAGUUUUCAUUGUUUUUAUUUGGUGGUUUAAAAGGUGCAUACAUUUCAUGCAAGUUAUCUCAAUAUGACCCUAGCCUUCCAAAUAUUAGGUUUUUUAUUGUAAAGGAAGUCCUGAUGGGAAAAAUUGUACUUAUAAAAGGUGCUUUUAAAGAAACGAUUAGCAUACCUACUGUUUUUGGCGCAUCUUAGUGACACUUAUCAGUCGUCAUCAGGAUUGACUAAUCGAUUGUCAAUAUUUUUCUGAUCUUUGUAUGGGUUUGUUUUCGGAAUCAUUUGUCAUGAUACUUAGUUUGACGUACAUAUAAUUCGUAAAAUCCUAUACACGUGUAGGAUUUUUGUAAAGCCUACAAAUUACGAUUUUUAACCAAUUUGUUAAACAGUUCAUCUUUUCAUUUCAAUCAUAAUUACAUAUCAAGCAUCCAUUUACUCUCUAAAAUAGUUACUUCAUGAAUAAAUGCAACUUUAUUUUUGUCGAUCUGUCCUAAGAGGUUUAACUAAACUCUUAAUGCAUAACCUUUGAAACCUGGUUGACUUAUUUAAACGCAUUGUUCCACCAAUAUUGUUCCUUUUUUCACAAAAGUAUCCUCAUGAUAUAUUACACUCCUGAGAAUUCCGUUCAACUGUCAGGAAAUUAUGCGCUUAUUUUAGUGAAUAAAUAGAUUUGUAUUUAUUUUUGAAAAUUUAGCAAAUAUAGAUGUAAGAAAGCAGCGAUCAUAAGAAUAAUAGAUAACUGGAAUAAAAUUAGUGAUCCCUUUUAAAAAAAUUUGAUAUAUUUUGCAAACUUGACUUGUUCACUCGUUUAUCAUUUAGAUUUUACACUUAUGUAAAAUGCAUUAGCUAACCUAUAUAGUAAAACUGUUAGUAAUUUCAGUUUACAAAAUUUACAUUUUGUCACCUGAUAUAUUUGAAGCUCUAUUGAAAUAACAUAUUACUAGCAAACAAUCAAUCGUAAUAACUGCCUACCUGCUUAUGAGCUUGAUAGGAAACAAUGAAGAGAUCUAAAAUUAACUUUUGUCAUCCGUUUUGUUAUUUUGUAGUUUUAUUUUCCCAACUAUCCCCUACUUUUAAAUAUCACUUGCAAAUGUGAUUAUAUAUUUUACUUACAAAGGUGAAAUGUAAGUUUUGCCAAAUUAAUGACAUAUUUUUGUCUCUUAACUGAAAUUUGCUGAAUACACUUUUGAUGACUUACGUACUUAUCAAUAUGAUAUGGAUCAACUCAGAAUGUGUAUGACCAUUCAGUGGAUUUCGUGAAAUUACUCCACUUGAAAAAUUAUAACAUGAAAUAAAUCAACU